CUCAAAGCAACUUACAAACUCCUUCCCUUCCUCUCCCUACAACAGACACCUUAUGAGAUUGGCACGGCUUGCUGGUUAAGACUUUUGUCCAAAAACAGUGAUCAAGAAGGAGGAGGCAUUUCACUGCCACGUAAACGUAUUGAAGGGUGUGAGAGUCAUCCUUUCUGUGCACAUACUUCCUUCCUCCUGGUUUAGGGUCAAGACGCUAUACAAGAACACACCCAAGUCUGAGAAUGGCUGAAAAGCAACUCGGUUCCCCUCAGGACACUCAUCCCGCUGGAAGCUCUUCCACAGUUCGAUCCGAUCAGAUUCAGCGCCUCUUGGACGCGUGCAGGGUAGCGAAAAGCUUCGCCUACUGCCCUUACAGCAACUUCCCGGUGGGGGCCGCAGUCCUGACUUGGGAUGGCAAGAUUUUCUUGGGCUGCAAUGUUGAAAAUGCAUGCUAUAGCCUGGGUGUAUGUGCCGAAAAAGCCGCCAUCCAGAAGGCCGUGUCCGAAGGAUAUACAAAAUUUCAAGCCAUGGCUCUUACUAGCAAUAAGCAAGAAACGUACAUCGUUCCCUGUGGAUCUUGCAGACAAGUGCUGAGAGAGUUUGGCAAACAGUGGGACCUCUAUUUGACCAAGUCUGAUGGGACGUAUAUAGUGAAGACUUUAGAACAACUUCUUCCUUACUCUUUUGGACCGGAAGAUCUGAAAACACUCUGAGGAGGGUGAGGGGGUUGCUUAGAAGCAGCGCUUCUAAGAUUUAUCUCUACUCCAUUAUUUCAAAUUCUUUUUGUAAUUCCUAAGCCAAACUGAGCAAUGGAUCCCUCCCUGAAUUAUUUCCCUAUAAGUGGUGAAGUGCAAUUAAGGAACAAAUGUGCAAAUCCUCUCCGUGCCCACCACCUAACAUCCAUACAGGCAUAAAAAUGGUAUACUGCGGGGAUAGGGCGGGAUAUAAAUCAAAUCAAAUACAUAAAUAAAAUAAA